GUCUCCGGGACCCUGGCAGGAGGCUCAGCAGGGGCACCCAGCUCCUCGGCGGGCGGCGUCCUCAGAGGAGACGGCAUAGCCCACGGGACCAGGCCGGUCUCUCAGACGGCACGGGUGUGAGGGCUGAGGCUCACGCCGGCAGGCACGGAGCUGCCGGGCCUGGGAGACCAGCAUCGCCAACGGAGCCGGCAUUUGCCGUGACGGUCCAGGCGUCGCUUCCACGGUCCCUGCCAGGGCCGGCCCGGGGCCAGGAGUGUUCUUCUCAGGGAACCUCGGGGCCCUGGGAGCCACGCCUCGGCGCCCAGGGGACAUUCUCCCGCACAAUCUGGAGGGCUGCACCCGCCUCGCGAUCUCCAGAAAGCCAGCGUCGCAAGCGCACCUGCCUGCUGAGGCCGCGGCCCGUGCCAUGCCGGGAUGGAGCCCGCGGCGGCCGGGCGCGCGGAGAAGACCUUCAGCUACGUGGUCAGGGCCCCCGGCGGGGACGGCGGGGACGUGGUGAACGUGGACGUGAAGAUCGACACGGCCUGGGUCUUCCGGGAUGCGGAGGACAGCGGCGAGGAGGGCAGCGGCGCCGAGGACAGCGGCGAGGAGCAGGGACGCCUCCCGGGAGGAGUGGCCCCCGGGAGCCCCGACGUGGACACGGACGCAGGGACGCUCCGGAGGCAGCUGGAGGCCUCGGAGCAGAAGCUGCUGGCGGCGGUGGACAAGUACGUGAGGUCGGAGUCGGGGCUCAGGAGCAGAAUCCAGGAGCUGGAGCGGUCGGAGCGGAGGCUCCUGCGGAAGGUGGACCAGCUGAGCGCCCGCGUGUGCCAGGAGAGGAGCGCCUCCCUGCGGGCCCAGGAGCAGCUGCAGGCGCUGCAGGGCGAGCUCGCCUGCCAGGUACGGCAGGAGCGCGCGGAGCGGCGGCAGCGGCGGCGGCUGCGGGAGCGGCUGCGGGAGGCGGACGAGGCCCUGGAGCGCUGCCGGCGGGCGCAGCGGCGCGAGCUGGGCCUGGCGCGCGAGCAGGAGCGGGCGCUGCGGGCGCAGGUGCAGCGGCUGCAGCGGGACGUUCGGCGCCUCUGCCGCGCCGCGGGCCUCCUGCUGGCCGAGCUGGACGCGCCGGGCCCGGGCAGCGCCCCGACCCGGGGCCCCGCCGGCCCCCAGCGCGGCCCCGUGGACCCCCAGGACCCCGAGGACGCCGCGGAGCUGCGCGCCCUGCGGGCCAGGGCGGAGCGCGGCGAGCGGGAGCGGGACGAGGCGGCGCGCCGGCUGCGGGCGCAGCUGGAGGACCUGCGCUGCUGCCUGUACGGCCUGCAGCUGUCGGAGAUCGGCCUGCAGAGCCAGGUGGACGACCUCUCCGAGCAGAACCGGCGCCUGCGCGAGGAGCUGGCGGCCCAGGCCCCGGGCGAGCGCGUGCGCAGCGCGCCCCCUGCUGGCCACGGGAGCCUGGUAAGUGGCGGCACCUGGGGGCAGGAAGAACCUCCGUUCUCUGACCCAGACCAAGCCCUGGCACAUGGCAGGAACUGGGACGCCUGGGGCCAUGCCCGGGAUGAGUGGCUGCUCCUGCCCUGGGAGGAGGCGCCGGAGGCCCGCGGAUGCCCAGGCGGGCAGACACCGCCCCACCCCGACGGGGCCCCGGGACCGCACGCCUCCGCAGGCCAGCCGGCCGAGGCGCCCUGCGGCCUGGGUGGCGUCGAGGCUGGGCGAGGCCCCUCGGAGCUGGUGCCCGGCCUGGAGACUGCAGCCUGGCUCCUGGCAGAGCUGGUGGCUCCUGACCACGGACAGCCCGCUCUGGCUGAGCCCGCCCUGCAGGGACAGACGCUCCUCCUGCUCUGUGGCUGCCCCUCUGGGCAGAGCGCCGACGCCUCCCCUCUCCCCACGGAGCUGGCCUGGGUCUCCGCGCAGAGGCCAGUGGCUGCCGCGGCCCAGGAGUCCCUCCUGCUGCGGACGGCCGUGCUCCCGCCCUGGGGGCCCGACGGGGGCCCCGCCGCCCUGCUGCUCCAGGCCGUGUUCACAGAGUCCCAGACCCAGCAGGGGCUGGACGCGGGGCCCCUGCCUGCGCCCCGAGCUGUGGGACAGUCUUGCUGGAACCAGCCCCCGGCAAGGAGCCACGGCGAUGGGAUCCCAACAGGGCCCGGCGAUCGGAGCGGUCCAUGGGAGGAGGGAGGGGGAGCUGCAGAGUGGAGAGCGGUGGAGGCGUGGGGGGCGAGCAGCACGUGGGGCUGGAAGGAGGAAGACCUCGGGGACAGGUGCCAGCGGCGUCAGGAGGGCCAGGAGGACCCCAGCGAGGAGGACAGGGAGGACGGGGAGGAUGGUGCUGGCGCCCUGGGAGGCCUGCAGAACACACAGAGGGCUUCCGGGCCCGGGUGGGAGCUCCCCCCUCCUCUGCCACAGGAGGAGGCCGCCACGGCCACUGAGGGCCCCUCGUCCCUGGGCAGCAGGUGGCAGGCAGAAGGGCACAUGUGGGGCCUCCUGGGAGGGUUUCCAUUGGAGGAGGAGGAGGAGGAGGAGGAGGAGGAGGAGGAGGAGGAAGAGGCCUCCACAGCCGCCUCCUCCAGGGCUCACGGUGCCAAAGGGCCGUCUCCACCCGGCGCUCAGCUCCCCUCAGGGGACAGGGCCCCCAGGAGCCCCCAGGGCCACGAGGACAGCCCCCCGUGGGCUGUGACUGCGCUCCUGCUGCUGGAGGAAGGCCCUGGGGAUGGGGGGCCGGGCCAGGAGGAGGAGCCGCUGUGUCUGGAAGGACCCAGUGCGGGCGCCGAGGAGAGGGAGGCGCAGGAAACCCUCUUCCUACCAGGAGAGGGCAGUUUGCUGCCACCGCCACCUCCCACGUGGGCCUCCUCGCCGGAGGGCGCCCAACCCGCCAGGCCCCGCAGGCCCCCCACGCCCCCGAGGCCCCCACGAGAAGGACAGGCCGGGCCUGCGCUCACCAUAGACGCCUUCGCGGAGGAGAUGGAGGCCUGCUUCCAGCAGCUGUGGGCGCUGAGGCGCGGGCGCGGGGGCUGGGGGCGCCAGGCGGCCCCCGGGGCCGGGGAGGACACGGGCUCUGCAGGGAGAUGGGGCGGUGGCCCGGCGCCUGCCGAGGGUUUGGACACGUGUCCUGGGAAGGAAGCAGGCCCCUCGGAGGGUCGUGAAGACGUGAGGCCAGGAGAGACCGAGGCCCCGGGCACCGGACACGCUUUCCCAGGGGCGGGGCUGGGUUCCGGGGGCCCGCGCCCCGGCCCAGGGCGGCCCUCGGAGCUGGAGCGGGGCCCGAGCCCCCGCCCGCCCCCCAGAGCCCUGGAGCGCGCCCGGAGGCGGUUCCGCCAGCUGGUGUCCGGGCUGAAGGAGGAGGGCCGCCUCGUCCUGCAGGACAACGCCCGGCUGCGGCGGACCAUCCGGGCGCUGCGGGCGCAGAGCGAGCGGCAGGCGGGCGGGGCCCGGGCGCUGGAGCGGGACCUCGGGGCGCUGCGGGGCGAGCUGUCCCGCCUGCGCGGGGAGCAGGCCCAGUACCUGCAGCUCCUCGCCGACCUGGAGGACUGCAACGCCAGGAGCUACCGCCGCCUCUCGGAGCUGGAGGAGGAGAACGAGGGCCUGAGGCGGGGCCUGGGCCGGCUGCAGGCCGCCGUGGCCGCGGGCACCGGGCGGGGCCGGGGCCUCACGGGGGACGCCGCCCGGGAGAACUGGGAGCUCAAGGCGCUGAUCUCGGAGCUGGGGCUGGGCUACAGGGGGCUGGUCAGGGACGUGGUGCUGGGGAUCCAGGACAUGGUCCGGGCCCUCCGCGGGGAGAACGCGCACCUGCUGCACCGGGUCCGGGCCCUGGAGACGGGGGUCGCCCUGGGGGGGAGCGCGGGCGCGGGGCGACCGGGGGGAGCAGAGCAGCGCCCCCGGGGGAGAAGCCAGGUGGGCGCCGUGGGCCCGGUGGGCGCCGUGGACAUGGCGGUGCAGGUCGGUCCGCCCUCCGAGCCGCUGACAGCGGGAGCCCCCGGGCCACCCUGGGAGGAGGACACAGAUCAGCCCGGAGAGGGGAGGAUGGGUCCUUCCUUGGGCACAGAGCGUCCUGAGCGCGGAGCCGAGGCGGCCACCCCCUCGCUGGCCGGGAGAAGGGCUGGUGUGCCCGGAGCCCUGCCAGGAAAUGUCUGCGGGAUGGGAGCGCAGGAGGCCGAGGCAGGGAGAGAGGAGACCGGACUGCGGCGUUCUGCAGGCCCGGGGCCCGCGCUGGCGCCCCCGGGUGGCGGCCACCAGCCCCCGGACGCCGAGGCCGAGGCCGAGACCCCGGAGGAGGCCCUCCGGCUGCGUGUCCGGCGGCUCCACCACCAGGUGCUCACUCUGCAGUGCCAGCUCCGGGACCAGGCGUCUGCGGGCCGGCAGCUGCAGGCGGCCCGGGACCAGGCCCUCCGGCACCGGGACCAGCUCCAGGGCCAGGUGGACGAGCUUCGGAGACGGCAGCACGAGGCCACCUUGGCCGUGACCCCCCUGAAGGCCAAGCUGGCCUCCCUGGUCCAGAAGUGCCGGGACCGGAACCGGCUGCUCACACACCUGCUGGGGGAGCUGAGCCGCCAUGGGCCGGCCGACCGCCUGCUCUGCCAGACGGUGCGCAGCCUGGUGGACGACGUGGCGCUGGCCGAGUACACGGCCGCCUUCCUGCCGCCCGGGGCCCCGGAGACCAGCCGCCACCCCGCCGUGGAGCCGGAGGCGCCAGCGGCUGCGACAGCUCAGAGCGCUCUCCUGAGUCCUGACGUGGACAGCGCCCCCCCAGGACCGUGGCCGGUGACUGAGGCGGAGUGGCCAGCACAGACAGCGCGGCUGGGUCCUCCGGAGCCUCCCCUGCCUCCGGGGCCGGCGCCCGAUCCUGGACCGAGCCCGGCCGUGGCCGCGGAGGCGUCGGGACUCCCUGUGCAGCGUCUGCUGGACAGAGGCAGCGUGUCCUGUCCGGGCCCCCAGGCCGCCAGCCCCCUGCCCUCCGAGCUGCGGAGCCCUGCCAGGAUCCUGGCCUUCCACCGGGAGCUCAGCCGGAGCGUCCGCGGCAGCCGCCGGGUCACUGAGUCCCCGCUGGAGCUGUGACCCCCGCCGCCCGCUCCUGGUCGCCCGCGGGCCCUCAGGACUGGACACCGAGCCUUCGGGCACCUGAAGAGACGGGCAGCAGCUGGGGCCCGGGGCCAGGGCACGUGGUCCUGCUCUGGGGGCUGUGGAGGUGGUCAGAGCUUGACAGGAGCCCUGGGCGGGCCUUGCCAAUGUCAAGCAGUUUGGCUUUGGCAAAUGCAAGGCGGCAAAGGGCAUGCUUCUUGGACUCAAUCCUAACCCGGUGCUGGC